AUGCCAGCAAAACCACCACAGGCAGACGAGGAUGCGCUACACGCGUCGACACAAGUCGUACCUCAUCUUCAGGAAUUUCUGAGCACAGUGCCCACACCGCUCACCAAUGUGCUCGUCGGCUUGUCACCAUACGUCAAGCGUAUUCGGCGGAUACUAGAGAUCGUUAGCUGGAGAAGUGGAUGGGAGGAGAGCUGGCUUGCGCUGGCUGCGUGGUGGGCGGUAUGUUUGACUGCUAGCAUGACUUUACGAUGUUGGAGGAUACAAUAUUUAAUGCCGAUUCUGAUCCUAAUCGCGGUGUACUACUACCGCCGCCUGCCGCCCUCCCAGCCGCCAAUGAUAACAGAGCACCAGCUCCGCGAAACCAUCGCCUCCCUCACCGUCAUCAACGACCUCCUCCACCCACCUUCCACCUCCACCUCCACCUCAUCACCAUCCCCUCUCCCAUCUCUUCGACCGCUCGCACGCACCCUACUGACCCUGUACCCCCUCUACCUCCUCACGACUUUCCUCAUCCCCCUCCGCGUCCUGCUCGGCAUCGCGGGGACCAUCCUCCUCACCUGGCGCGCCCACUGGGCCGAAACGCUCCGGCGCACCCUGUGGCGGAGCGCGCACGUCCGCUGGGCAUGCUACCGCGCCUACUCCCUCCUCUCCGGCGAACCCCUCCCUCCCCUCAUCCUCCCCCCCGCUUCUCUCAAAGUCUACAGCACGAACGAGCAGAAGGAGAAGAAAUCCGAGACCACCGCAUCACUACGUUUCCUCUUCACGCUGUACGAGAACCAGCGCUGGUGGAUCUCGCUCGACUGGACGUCCGCGCUGCUCCCCGCCGAGCGCCCCCCGUGGUCCUCCCCGCCGCCGCACUACCUUCCGCUCGCGCCGCCCAGCGCCUUCGCACUCCCGCCGGACACCGUCGUCUACCAGGACCUCGAGACGGGGAGAGAGAAGACGAGGCGGCGGGUGAAACGCACCGCGCGGUGGACCUGGGACGAGCCGGAGUGGAAAGUCGUCAUACGUACGGAGGGGAGCGGGGCGUCGUCGCGGCAGGAGAGGGACCUCCCCGCCGAGGGCUUGUCCUCGGCGAAUGCGAGUAGCGCGAGUAAGCUGUUGAAGGGCGUAGUGGGUGGACACAAGAGGGAGGGGAGCACGGGGAAGGAGAAGGCGGAAGCGGAGAUUGAGCUGGCGGAGCAGCAGAAGCGGGUGAAGAGCGAGCUCGCGCAGGGUCAAGCAGAGCCGCACGAGCAAGAGCGCGAUGACGAAGGAGAUGACGAACAGGUCACAGACCCCGACGGGUGGGUGUACGGGGAUAACAAAUGGGAGAACGCGAGUGCCAAAGGCGGCAUGGGAAAGCUGACAGGCCGCGGUAUACUACAGUACACCCGCUACCGCCGAUGGACGCGUAUAGCCCUCCUCACCGAGACAGUUGAGCCGGUAGAGUCUGACACGAGCGAACCCGAGGACACCGGGCGGAAGUCCCUCAGUCUUCCGGAGGAGCACGUCGAGGACGUGACGAGGGUGAAUGCCUCGCGUCGGGACACGGUGAACUUCCACGAGGAGAAGGAGGGGGAGGGGGAGGACCAUGGGAGCUUGCGCCAGCGGCUCAAGGCCGCGCGGCACGGAAUAUGUUCAUCGCGACGCCAGGGAUCUGUAGAGAACACGUCUGUGGCUGGGGGUCUUCUGGUUCUGACGUCAUCAGGAUGGCAUGCUGUCUCUUGGGACCCUCGCGGUGCGCCACCGCUGCAUCGCAAUACAAGAAAACGUCGUAAUGAUAAUCCGAGAACUGAGAACUAUACGUACUUGUACUCGCUCAGAUACAUGCACUUCUUGGGGUCGUGGAACUAUAACUGGCCAUCGCCGAGGCUGCAAGAAGCUUUUAGACCACCGGAGGGGAUGGACCGCCGAAUGCUAAGCAGGGUAGCUCGUGGCUUCUGGAAGGGUGUAUAA